CCGGACCUUAAGUAAUUCAGAGUUUGUCAAGAGAGGGGAAAUGAGGGCACAGGUGUCAGAGCUGGGUGCUGUAUGGUAGGUGCUGCGUGAAGGAUUCCAGGAUGGCUCGGGAUGGUCCCAGGGCCGGGCACGUGUGCGUUUGACAGCCGUAUGUUAGUUCUGCUGGAGUCUUACAAAACAGAGGGAGGCAGAUAGAAAGAGGACAUAACUUGGCUAGAGCCAGCUGCUUCCCGGGAACAACUUCACCAACGAGUGCAACAUUCCAGGCAACUUCAUGUGCGGCAACGGGCGGUGCAUCCCGGGCGCCUGGCAGUGCGACGGGCUGCCCGACUGCUUCGACAAGAGUGACGAGAAGGAGUGCCCAAAAGCUAAGUCCAAGUGCGGCCCCACGUUCUUCCCCUGCGCCAGCGGCGUCCACUGCAUCAUCGGCCGCUUCCGGUGCAACGGGUUUGAGGACUGUCCUGACGGCAGUGACGAGGAGAACUGCAAUUCUCAUCUUCUUUCCACAAUCUCUGUGCCAGACACCACGCAAGAUGCUGCAGGGAUGACAGAGAUGGGUCAGACACAGACCCUGACAUCCUUGAGCUUAUACUCAACAGCCAACCCCCUGCUCUGCUCCACCGCCCGCUACCACUGCAGGAACGGCCUCUGCAUCGACAAGAGCUUCCUCUGCGACGGGCAGAACAACUGUCAGGACAACAGUGACGAGGAGAGCUGCGAGAGUUCCCAAGAGCCGGGCAGCGGACAGGUGUUCGUGACCUCGGAGAACCAGCUCGUGUACUACCCCAGCAUCACCUACGCCAUCAUCGGCAGCUCCGUCAUCUUCGUGCUGGUGGUGGCCCUGCUGGCUCUGGUGUUGCAUCACCAGCGAAAGAGGAAUAACCUCAUGACGCUGCCCGUGCACCGGCUGCAGCACCCUGUGCUGCUGUCCCGCCUGGUGGUCCUGGACCACCCCCACCACUGCAACGUCACCUACAAUGUUAACAACGGCAUCCAGUACGUGGCCAGCCAGGCUGAGCAGAACGCCUCGGAAGUGGGCUCCCCGCCCUCCUACUCAGAGGCCCUACUGGACCAAAGACCUGCGUGGUAUGACCUUCCUCCACCACCCUACUCCUCUGACACCGAGUCCCUGAACCAAGGCGACCUGCCUCCUUACCGCUCACGGUCGGGGAGCGCGGACAGCGCCAGUUCCCAGGCAGCCAGCAGCCUCCUAAGUGUGGAAGACACCACCAGCCACAGCCCAGGGCAGCCUGGCCCUGCGGAGAGUACCGCUCAGCCCAGGGACUCUGUGCCCAGUGAGGGCACUGAACAAGUAUAAAUCCAGCGGUUCCAAAGUCCACAUGGGCUCAUCUGCUCCAACGGGUUACAUUCUAGCAACAUGUGCCCAUGAGAAGCUGCUGAAGCUCCUUUCAGGGUGUCUCAAGUUGAAGUUGGCUGUGUCAGCUGCCUCUCCAUUCGUCUCCUUCCCUACAUGGCAGGAUAUUCUUUGGAGGGAGACCUGGCAUUUUUCUGGCUUCUUAGUUGACAUGAAGCAUUGCCAUCUUUUGUGUGAGGUCACUGUUCCUAUGGGGCCCACAAUCAUAGCCUCAUGUUCUACGUCAUUCUGUUAAUGUUGGAAUCCCUCUGAGUAGCAGAUGCAGAUUUGUAGGCAGCAGGAUGCAAUGAUCUAUGAGAAAGCAGUGUUUCUGUUCCAUGUUGCAUGUCCAGAAGGGCAGAAGACACUGGACCAGGUUUUCUGCUGGGCUGCACCCUCGUAGCUCCACUUGGGGAUCUGGGUUGGGUGGUCUUACCAGGAGGCCAUCACUGGAUGGCCACCCUAAAAUGCAUCCAAGUGCACAUCACACCUGCCUGGCAUCAUCCUAGCUUUGCUCUCACUUCAGCAGAGGCAGUGGCCAAAGAAAACUUUGACAUGAGGACACCCUUUGGCUCUCAGUAGUGUCAUUUUGGUUUUGUGAAGGACCCUGGGUAGAUUCUGGCUUUAGAUAUGUGCCCCAGAAUCCUUGUUUGGAGAGCUUGUUCCAGCGUGUGGAUCAUUAGCCUCGACCCAGAAUCAGCAGAAAAGUAUCUGACGUGAGUUUGACCAAGUUCUCUGCACCAACAUGCUAUCAGAACCUGGGUCUGUGUGGCCCCACGGUCCUCUCCCUGGCUUCUGCAGGUCACGCCUCCAGCUGACCUGCUAUAGCCAGAGGAUGAGGACUCAACUGGAGUUAGCCAACAAUCUGAUCUGGCCCUUUUCCCCAGUACACCACACCCUGCCUGUCUUGCUCAUCCAUACAACAUCAACCCCAGGCUCCCAAGUUCCCUCUAUACCCCAGAUUUCACCUGUGCAUUUGGAUCUGAGGAAACAAGAGCCAUAUUCAGUACCUCCCCUGAGAGCUCCCAGCAACCUAUGCAGCUCACACCCUCCUACCCAAUGUCCAGGACCAGAGCCCCAAGUUAGGGUCAGGGUCGGGUCCCUCCUAACAUCCCCGUAGAAUUUCUCCUCUGAGACACAUGGGCAAUAGACAGUUUGGAGUCAAGAUUUUCCAUUUGGAUUUUUAAAAAUCUCUUAGAAAUGCAUUUGAAACAGUGUGUUUGUUUUUUUCCCUUCUAGUUAAGGGACUAUUUAUAUGUGUAUAGGAAAGCUGUCUCUUUUUUGUCUUGUUUUUUCUUUAGUAAGGUCCAAAGAAAAUGCAAAAUGAUAAGUCACCCCAGGCCGACCAGUGUGCCAAGCAUUUGUGCGUUGUCGUCGCCCUUUGAGGUUAUUAUUUAUGGAGUUCUUGAAGGAUGCAGACAGAUGUGUCCUUCAGUUCUAGUCUAUAUUUGUGCUAGUUUUCCUUCUUCUCUAUGCCUGGCCAGCCACAGGCCCCACCCUGUGAGGGAGACAUGGGUUAAAAACGUAGGCAUUGUUGGGCAAGAAACCACACCAAGGAGGGACAGAACUGGAACCAGGUGGAGCCACUCUGGGCAGCUAUCACCUAUUCAAGCCUUCUUUCCACAGCAGAAGAAACUGUCAGUAACCUAUUUGACGCCAAUUCAAACAGAGCCAGCAGGAAGGGGGGGGAUGAAGUGGCCUUCAGUGACCCUUUCUGUCGACUUUUCUUUUUUUAACCAAAUCCAAAAUAUAUUACAGGAAAGCUAGCCACUGGGUUUUGUUUUGUUGUUUUUUUUUUUUUUUUUUUUAAGUAAAGGAAACUGGUUGCUUGUGUCUUUCAUUUUUAAAAUAGUACUUAUUUCCUGAAUAAUCCAAUAAAAAUAACUUGGAUGGCAGACAGCGUGUGACUGGCUACACAUGCCAUCUUCUGUGAGUCAGAGUGGCUUUGUUUUUCCCUUUGGUGGGCCCCUGCUUCUUUCUGGUGCUCUGGAAGAUGUUUAGAGGAAAGUAUUCUAAUUUUAAUUAAUUGUGUGGUGAGUUAAUCUCACGCGCUUUUCUGCUUCUAGGCAUCUUAGGAAAAACAAAUGGUUUUAGGAGAUAAGGGGAGUCUAUUAAUGCUGUUUUUAAAAACAUACACAGGGACAUUUUUAUUACAGAUUUGAUUUUUAAUGGAUUUUUUAAAUAUAUAUAUGUAUACACACACACACACACACAUAUAUAUAUAUAAAUAAGACACCAAAGCUGCAGGAUUUUGGAUCCCCCGCUACCACAGUCAAGAUGUCAGAUAAGUGGCUAGCAAUAUUUUUUAACUCAUUCCAACCAGGAUUUUGUUUUUACAUACAAAAAAAUCUACACCAACCAGAAAAUUAUCUCUGCUUUCUUUUCUCAAAUGAGAUCAGUGUUUUAUUUUAGCAUUAAGAUAGUUUCACUGUGAUUGCUAGCUUAUUGCCUGACUGUAUUUUCCUCUACCUUAUAAUUGAUGUUUUUUUUU